AUGUCUCCCAAUUUGCACGGCGCACCGCCAUCAACCCCGCCGGCCACGCAUCAACCACCAUCAGCACCGAUCGGCGGGCCGUCGUCCGGCCCGUUGCGGAUCAACUGGGGACUCUACCCCAAGUUUGUGGACGUUAUGCCCCAUGAGCCGCUCGAAAGAUAUGCCCCAGGAGGGUUUCACCCUGUCUCCUUGGGCGAUACUCUCAAGGACGGGCGGUAUACUAUCCGGCACAAGCUGGGCUAUGGCGGCCAGUCCACGGUCUGGCUCGCCUGGGAUGCACAUGAGCCAGGGGCAUGGGUCGCCCUUAAGAUUAAGUCCGCGCGGGCUUCUGCGAACGGCACCGACCAGGACUCUGAGAUUGGCGCCCUUGAGACGCUCGAGAAGUACUACUGCAGCAUCGAGAGGACACAGACACAGACGCAGGCACGCUCUUUCGUUCGGGUUUUCGACACUUUUCAACAUAUGGGGCCUAAUGGCGUGCAUACCUGUAUUGUUACAGAGGUGCUCGGGCCAACACUGGCGGAUAUUCUCGACGAGUACCGGCCGGAUGAAAAUACGUUACCUCCGGAUGUGGUCCUUCGGGUAUCGCGGCAGCUUCUACAGGGGCUCAACUUUACGCAUCACGCCGGCAUUGCUCAUGGGGACGUCUCUCCUCGAAACAUUUCGUUUACGUGGAAAAAUGCACAGGCAGACGACAAUGACCUGUUUGAGAUGGUCGGCGGAGAGCCGCCAACCGCUGCGUAUGAUGACGACAACAACGCCGCACGACCAGCGGGUCUCCCUGAACAGCUGGUUGCUUGCACGGCCUGGGAUGGCUGGUACGUUGACACAGCCGAGGACAUCCGGCUCAUCGACUGGGGCUGGUCGUUUGCUGCGGGCAAAACAGUCACAGUUCUCGGCCAGCCGAACAACCUGCGGCCCCCCGAGACGUUUUUCGGGCAUUCAUUUACCUUCAAGCACGACUUGUGGCGAGCAGGCUGCGUGAUCUACUCAUUGUUCUACCAGACGUCGCCGUUCUCCUGCAUCGGCGACCCGAACCAUUUCUUUAUUCGACGACAGGUUGCCAAGUUGGGUCCGCUGCCAGCGCCGUGGCAUGCGAAAUGGGAAGAGAUGUUGGAUACUUUCGAGCCGCGUCGACAGGUGAUCCUCACUCACAUUCUCAAUGCAGAUCCAGACGUUGGCGAAGACGACAAUGAAUAUCAAAGGGAUGAAUAUUCAGAGUACGACGUGGAGGCGCUCAAGUGUCUGUUGUGGCCGAUGCAGGGCCUCAUGCGGCAUGAACCAGACAAGCGCAUCUCGCUGCAAGAGGCAGCGUCUUCGAUUAAGUGGAUAGACCACAGGAGGGAGGUAGAGGAUGAUACGAAUACAGUUUCAGUACAGUGA